GGGUUUGAGUGUGUUAACUUUUCAAUCAUCUCUCUUUCUCUUUGUUAAUUUAUAUACUAUAUAUCUCUUUACCCUUUUUUCUUUUUCCUUCUGAUGCCAGUUUCUGUUGCUGAUUUGGUGAAGGAAUACCCGAAUAAUUCUCCAUUGAUUCAACAAGAGUUUGCAGAAGGAGGAGCUGGGAGGAGCAGAAUGAGGAAGCGUCAAGUGGUGUUGCGGCGAGAGGAGCCUUCAACGACCACUUCAUCUGUCACAAUCAGGACUGUGAGAUAUGCAGAGUGUCAGAAAAAUCACGCUGCCGCAGUCGGAGGAUAUGCAGUAGACGGUUGCCGAGAGUUCAUGGCCACUGGUGAGGAAGGAACCGAUGCUGCACUCAUCUGUGCUGCCUGUGGCUGCCACCGGAACUUCCACCGCAGGGAAGUGGAGACCGAGGUGGUUAGCGAAAACUCGCCGCCUUCAUCCGUAACCUAAACUGGUUCAUGCUUCAUAAAAUAUAAAUCAAUGGAGGUUUAAUUAUGUUCUUGUUUGUUUUGAUGAUCACUCUUGUUUCUUUUUCCAAAAAUAUAUCCGGGUAUGAGAUUGAUAUAGAUAUAAAGAUACAUAUAUCUAUAUGUCCUCUAGCUUUCAUAUUUUGGUUGCUUGAGAUUGCUCUCUUCUGGUGAAUUUCUAGGGUUUAUGUUCAUGGUUUAAACCUCCUGUGCUUAUGAAGAGUGCUAAUUUGUGUUCUUGAUGAA